AUGCCGCCGCCCCGGGCACAAGAGCCUCAUCCCCUCGGCUUGGCUGUAGCAAUCGCUCAGUCGACAUUCGAAGCCCGAUAUCAAGUCGAGAUGUCACGACUCUCGUUCACUGGAUUAUGCACGCACCUGGCUGUCCUGAUUGACUGGGAUUACGUGAUCGAAGACAAGGCACUGGAUCAGUUUCUACUCCAGCAUGGCAGGUUCACGCAGAUGAGUGCAUUUGGCAACAUGUCCUACCACGAAUGGUUCCUCAUGAUGGUAGAUGGCCUUCCCGUUGACGAUCGCGCCCCCAUCAUGACUCGGCGGGUGCUCAAGCAGAUCUGUGAUGAAAACCCAUACUCUUAUCGGCUUACUCUUGAGCAAAUGGGAGCCCUUGUCGGCGCCAUCCAUAUCAACGAGUCGAACGGUCAACGAAUGGUGCCUCAUCAGUUCCAGGAGAUCAAUUUGGGUGAAUGGAUGAGGGUUGAGAUCCCGUUUGUCUAUAAGACCUCUGACGACAGAUAUCCUCCGAGGAUAGGAGAGCAGGUCAAUCUCGAGCUCGCAGGUUUCCAGGGACGGGACGCCAUCCGUCUUGUACAAGGCACAAGGCUCAUGGGGUAUGUUCGCGAGUUUGCGAUCGAGCAGGCACGCAGGUUUGUCAACUGGCAGGCUCUGGUGUAUCGCUGGGAUCACUCGCAACAGUCUUCAAACGACACAAUGUACGGCAGAAUACUUCUCUGGUAUCUCCAGGACCAUUCUAGUCAUCCUGGGACGCAGGCUUGA